AUGUUCUCGUUGACACAAAGCCAGUUCGUUCUGGGCGGAGUUUUCGUCCUGGUUCUCGCUGUGGCUCAGACAUUCUUACAUGUCAGGAAAAGGUCCAAGUUGCCGCCGGGACCGGUUGGAUUGCCAAUUCUCGGGAACAUCGCUUCGCUGCCACCUGCAGGACAACCAGAGUUCAGACAUUGGCUGUCAUUCAAGGAGAAAUAUGGUCCGAUUUCUAGCAUCACCGUCAUGGGUCAGACCAUUGUCAUGGUCAAUGAUCUUGACGUCGCCACAGAGCUCCUUGAUAAGCGAGCGACAAAGUACUCCAGCCGGCCGCAAAUGUUCUUCGCAACCGUCACGUGCAAGCUGAAGGAGUGGCCUGGAUUCCAGCCAAACAUUCCAGAACUGCGGGAAACAAGAAAAGACAUCCAUAGUGUUGCAGGCACGACCAACGCACUGAGGAGAGCAGUAGUCUUCCAGGACGAGGAGAUAACCAAGUUUAUCGUUCGCUGCGCGAAGGACCCGGAUUCUUGGAGAGAGAACCUGUCGAAGACCUUUUCGGCUAUUGUCCUGUGGAUAGGAUAUGGCUAUAGAGCAGAACCUGAAGGGUUGGAUCCACUUACAUCCAUCAACAAAGACUCUAUCAGAGCUUUCAACCUGUGCACGGUCGCUGGAAAAUGGGCUGUUGACAUUUUCAACUGGAUGCAUUAUAUUCCGGAAUGGGCGCCUGGCGGCGGAUUCAAGAAGACUGGAAGGAAGUAUGAACGAGCCAUGGUAGAUGCGCCAGCCAUAUCUGUGCGCUUCACCGCGGACCGGGUAGCACAGGGGCGAAGCGAGCCGUGUUUGAUGUCCGAUCUCUUGACGAAGCACAAAGAGAUCUCAAAGGAAGAGUACUUUCGUCUGAACAAAGUUGGUGCUUCACUGACCGGCGGGGGAGCAGAGACAACUGUUGCCACUCUCUGUUGGUUCUUUGGAUUCAUGCUGAGUCGUCCCGAGAUCCAGCGCAAGGCGCAGGAAGAGAUCGACAGAGUCCUCGGUGACCGAAUUCCAACUCUAGAAGACAGACCGCAACUUCCAUAUGUCAACGCCAUCUGGAAGGAGGUUCGACGACACUCGCCAACUGGACCCCUAGCAAUUCCUCAUGCCACCUCUGAGGAUGACUGGUACGAGGGCAUGUAUAUUCCGAAGGGUGCCAUGAUCAUUCCCAAUGUCUGGGCCUUCUCGAAUGACCCUGCGGUCUAUCGCAAUCCAAGAGAAUUCAAUCCGGAGAGAUUCUUGGGUCCCAACCCGGAGCAGGAGCCAGAAAAGGCUGGAGCGUUUGGUUUCGGCCGCAGAGUCUGUCCAGGCAAAGCCCUCGCGGAUCAAGGAGGCUGGUUGUUCAUGGCCAAAGCUCUCUCCAUGCUCUCCGUCGUCCCACCUGAAGGAGUCGAGCUGGACAGAACGGCAUCGUUUCCGACACCAAAGGAUGGCUUGACAAGUUUCCCAAAUCUUGCACCACUGAGAUUGGUGCCUCGGACUGAGAAGCACGCUGAACGCCUGGAGACGAUCGGAGAGAAAUACAAGGGUGAGAAGGGCGACGGUGCUGAAGCAAUGAAGAUCUGUGAAGAAUAUAAAUGGAAGUUCGAGGACAUGGAUUGA